ACCUUCCUUGUUCUUCUCUCUGCGCGUCGGACCGGAGUUUGAGUUUCGCCGGGGUUGUCGCCGGAGUUCUACAAGGAUCAGCCGGAGUUUAAUUUGUCAAUUGAGUACCGUUCUUGCUCGGUUCUGCUUUAUCGCUUCUUUUGACCUUCCUCUGUCCUUUUCCUCGUUCUGUUCUGUUCUUGCCUUCUUCUAUGUUCCGUUCUGUUGGUCUUGCUGCCGAGAGCCCCCACCUUGGAGCUGCUACUGUUUGCUAUGGAUGCCGAAGAGAGACUGACGCCGCCGGCAAGACCCUGGCCCACUGCAGUGCUGUACUGCCGUCGCCGUUAUCACCAAGACGCUACCGUCUGGUACCGCUGCUGUUUGUUGAUUACACUGCCUCUUGCGCCCUUACCGAAUUGGGCUUCCUCAAUCUACCUAAAGUUUAGUUUAAGGAAAUACUCAAUUGAGGGAUAACCUGACUCAAUUAUACUACCCAAUUAUACUACCAAAGUUAACAAGACAUGCCCAUGUAGUUUAGCUAUUGCUUUGUACAACUUGUUGGUAGUAUUUUCUAUUUUACUGAACUGGAAUUAUGAAAUAGUCACCUGGUAUAUCUAGGGAACUCUGAACUGAAUUGGAUUUAUGAGUAUAUAUUGGAAUCACCAAAUAAGUUAAGAUUUAGAAUUUAGGCCUAGUGGGGCGAGCUUCGCAUAACUCACAGGUCUUGGGUUAAAAACGUACGUACGGGAGUCAUUAGCCUACCUAGGGAUUCCUUUGUAGGGGCUCCAACCCGCCCAUUGAGGAUUCUCUUUGGGUUCCAUCAAGCGUGGCCUCGGGGGAUCCGUCCGAGUGUCCAUGACUUAGUUAGUCAAAAGGAAACCUUAGCCUAUAGGGUUAAGUGUAGAUGAACAACAGGAACUGAAUAUAAAUAAUUAGUUGAUCAUGGUAUUCGAUAAUGAUAUUUGCUGAUUCUUCUGAUAUUGUGUGAUUAUAUAUUGAUGGGUGCUAAUCUAUGAGUUAGUUCUAGCGUUAGAUACUUCCACUCUUCCUAUAUUUUUACAGGUAUAGAUCAAGGACUGAAUGAGGAGCAGCCUGGAGAGGAGUGAAGCGUGAUGCUAGUGGAUGGCCCGAUGCUAUUUGAAAUCGAAUUAAAUACUCGUUGACUUUUAUUUUGUUUAAACUACAAGAAUGUUUGAUGAUGUUGUUUUAAAGGCUUCCGCAACGUUUGAGUUAUUUACUCCGAUUAAUUAUGAAUUGUUUUUCAUUAAAUAUAAAUGUAUGUU